AUGCUGGAACAACCUGGGGAGCGUCCGCCAAGACUUUGCGAAUAUCAACACAAGCCCUGGUAUUCUCUGCAGCAGAAUACUGCACCCCUGUCUGGUGUAGAAGUCCGCAUGCAAGCAAGGUUGACAUGGCUAUCAGUAGAGCCCUCCGAAUUAUAACUGGAUGCCUGAAGCCUACACCAGUGUCCUUCUUGUCAGUCCUCACGGGAAUAGCCCCAGCUGGCCUCUGACGGGAGGCUGCCACCCUUGCCCUGGCCAGGAAGGCACAAAGGCAUGAUUGGCACAUCCUGCACAACAUCACGACAACAGCAGCACCUCCAAGCAGACUCAAAUCCCGCCACCCCUACAACAAGGCAGCUCACGAGAUGCUCAAUUCCACCUCUGAGGACAUCUCCAGAGAUGCUUGGCUGGCAGCAGCUUGGAAGCAGGAGUGGCAGUCAGCUGGGCCCCCUCACAGCCAUUGUUACAUUUGGGACCCAGGAGGUGGCGCCAUAGGAGGAGACGACCUACCACGCUGGCAAUGGACAACACUGAACCGCCUCAGAACUAGGGUUGGUCGCUUUAAAACAUCAAUGAGGAAGUGGGGCCUGGUGGACUGUGCAGCUUGUGAGUGCGGUGACCCUGAGCAGACUGCAGACCAUAUAAUCAGCACCUGCCAUUUAUACAGACCACCUUCAGAAGCUAGCCUCUUUGACCUAGGACCAGAGAUGUUGGCAUGGCUACACGACACCGAGUUGGACCUCUGA